AUGUCGCACCCGACUUUGCUGCAGUCGCAGACUAAUGCGCUGCGCACUCUCCUCAAUUUGAACCAGCCGCCGGCAACGAGCUCCAGCUCGUCGGGACAGACUCCCCGUCCGGGAACGCCGUCAACAGCUUUCGAUGAGAAUGCUCAGUCGCAGCUCGUGUGGAAGGUUCUCAUCCUGGACGAGCAGAGCCAGGCCAUUUUUGCUCCGUCCUUCCGCAUCCCCGACUUCCGAGAGCAGGGUGUAACCCUCCACAUGGGUCUGCAUCAAAAGCGGCCACCGCUCAAUGACGUUCCCGCGAUUUACUUUGUUGCACCGACGCGCGAGAACAUUAAGCGCAUCGCUGAGGAUCUCAACCCACCCCUGUACUCCUCUUACCAUCUCUCCUUCACAUCCGCCCUUCCUCGCUCUCUCCUCGAGGAGUUUGCUUCGCUGAUUCUUGCGAACGACCCGUCCGGAGCCACUGGACAGCUCAUCAGCUCCGUUCACGACCAGUUCCUCGACUUUGUCGUUCCGUCCUCCAACCUUUUCUCUUUGCUCCCAAGGAGGUUGAUCACGCAGGGCAAUGGAGGGAAGCCGGCCGACACGCGUCCCAGCUACGUUGUGCUGAGCGACCCCAAGGCCGGAGAGGUUGAGAUCGAGGAGGAGGUCGAGCGCAUUGCUCAAGGACUGUUCAGUGUGGUGCCUAUCAUCCGCUCCCCCCGCGGAAACGCGGCCGAGAUGGUUGCGCGAAAGUUGCACGACAAGCUUCGCAACCACAUCACUUCCACCUCUUCGCAGCGCGGCGGACCCAGCUUUGGUUCGGACAGCCUGCAGCGUCCAGUUAUCCUUGAUCGCAAUGUGGACCUUGUCCCCAUGCUGUCUCACUCGUGGACCUACCAGGCCCUCGUUCACGAUGUUCUCAACAUGAAAUUGAACAAGGUCACUGUUCCCAACCCCGAGGGAGGCAAGAUGCAGCCCAAGACCUACGACAUCGAUUCGAAGGACUUUUUCUGGGCUAAAAAUGCUGGCAACCCGUUCCCCCAGGUCGCAGAGGACAUUGACACCGAGCUCAACCGCUACAAGGCGGACACGGCGGAGAUCACGCGCUCGACUGGUCUUACGGAUAUGAGUGACCUGGAAAAGGCGAUGGACGCCUCUCUCGGUGCUGCGCACCUGAAGAAGGCGAUUACUGCCCUCCCUGAGCUCUCCGAGAGGAAGCACACCCUCGACACCCACAUGAACAUUGCCACCGCGCUGCUGCAGGCCAUCAAGGAAAGGAGUCUGGACAACCUCUUCCAGGUCGAGGAGAACGCGACCCGAGAGACCAAGGCGCAGAUUAUUGCUGCCAUGAAGGGACAGACCGACGAGCCUGGUCAGGUCGCUCAUCCUACGCCAGAGGAUCAGUUGCGUCUCGCUAUCAUCUACUACCUCUCCGCUCCUCAGCUCUCCAAGGAAGACCUCCAGGAGAUCACCAACCUUCUCAAGGAGGCCGGUGCCGACGUCGGUGCGCUUGAUUAUGUGAAGAAGGUUCGCGAGGUCACCCGAAUGAGCAUGAUGGUGUCCCAGCCUGCUGUUGCCGCCCAGACGGCCAGCUCUGGUGGUGAAUGGACGAAGGGUUUCAGCGCCUUUGGCAACCGCGGAGGUAUCGCGGGUGUUGGCCUUGACAAUCUUAUUUCCGGUGUGAAGAACUUCCUCCCUGUCAAGAAGGAGCUCACGAUCACUCGUCUCGUUGAGGCUUUGAUGGAGCCAUCGACUGCGAACACCCAGGCGCUGCAGGACACUGACGACUAUCUCACGCUCGACCCGCGAGCGACGCGUAGCCGGAACGCUCAGUCAGGACGACAGCGUUCGCAGUACCAAGAGGGUAUUGUCUUCGUCGUUGGCGGAGGAGGCUACGUCGAGUACUCGAACCUGCAGGAGUGGGCCAACCGAAGUCAACGCGAGGGCGGCGGUGGUGGCAAGAGGAUCACGUACGGAAGCACCGAGCUUAUGAACCCGGAGGCCUUUGUCAAGGCCCUGGAGUACCGAGAAGCGACUGAACCGUCAGACGAGUAA